AUGGUAUGCCGCUCUCAAGUGUUAACAAACAUAUCUGCAUCGCCAGCUACUGUGUUGCUAGCUACUGCGCGGGUUGAAGUCUUAGAUGCUCGAGGUCAAUAUCAAAAUAUUCGCAUUCUUUUAGAUCCAGGCUCCCAAACGAAUAUAAUCACACAAAAAUGCGUAAAAAGGUUAGGACUUGAAUGUUUUAAAACCCCUCUUGCUAUCUUUGGCCUUGGUGAAACAUCAGCAUCUGUUUCUGAUUCCAUAACAUGUACAAUUCGUCCGAUAGGGUCCAUAAAUCCAUCUUACACUAUUGAUGCAGUCGUAUUGCCGAAGAUUUGUUCUAAUAUGCCUACCAACUUUCUACCCUACCAUGAGUGGUAUUCUCUUUCUAAUAUCAAACUGGCGGACCCAACCUUUCAUUCUCCUGGUCCAGUUGAUAUGCUAGUAGGAGCAGCUAUCUUUCCUCUCAUUCUGAGAACAGGUCGUUUGCCAGGUAAUCUGAAACAACCUUCUGCGUUACAAACUGUAUUCGGUUGGAUAUUGAUGGGAAACACCUCUAGUCCAUCAACUACCAUCAGCUCUUUUCACUUAACAGCUAAUUCUGUAAUUGACUCAACGCUUAGACAAUUUUGGGAAAUUGAAGAAAUUCCUAAAUCUGAAAUUUCUUCACCAGAUGAUGCCCUGUGUGAGAAGAUAUUCGACGAUAAUUACUCUCGUGAUUCAACAGGUCGUUACACGGUUAUGUUACCCUUCAAAGAAGGGAUAAACAAAUCCUUUGGAGAUACAUAUACCAUGGCCUUGCGACGUCUGUUUUCACUGGAACGAAGAUUCAAAACCUCUCCUGAUUUCUAUAACGAGUACAAGAUGUUCAUGAAAGAUUACCUCGAUUGUGGUCACAUGACUUUACUCCCAAAUGCCAGUCCAUCUGUUGACGAAUAUUAUAUACCACAUCAUGCUGUUAUCAACCGAAAUAGUCCUUCUACAAAACUUAGAGUAGUGUUUGACUCCUCAGCGAAGGUUUCAGGCAAUGUGUCCCUGAAUGAGAUUCUUUUGACCGGUCCAAAGCUCCAGAAAGAUGUGAUGGCUCUUCUGCUCAAUUUUCGGUUUUAUAAGGUUGUUUUCACUGCUGACAUCAAACAAAUGUACAGGCAGAUUCUCGUUCACCCAUCACAUAGACGAUUUCAGCGAAUUCUUUUCAGAUUCUCUCUCUCAGAUCCAGUUCGAGUAUACGAGUUGAACACUGUUACGUAUGGUGUUGCUUCAUCUCCCUAUAUAGCUCUUCGGACGUUGAAACAAUUAUCUUCUGAUGAGGAGAUGGCAUUUCCUUCAGCGGUGAGCGUUUUACGGUCCGAAACAUAUGUAGAUGACAUCUUAUCAGGUGGAGAUAGUUUGGAGGAGGCUCGAGGUUUGCAGGACGAGUUGAUUUCUUUAUUGAGGCGUGGUGGAUUUGAACUCAGAAAAUGGUCCAGUAACAGAACUGAGCUAAUAGAUCAUUUUCCUCCAGAUCAUCGACAUCAAGAAUCGUUGAAUUUCGAUGAUUCUGUAUUGAAAAUUCUGGGACUCAGGUGGUUUCCAGCCGGAGAUCAUUUCUCCUAUGUUAUAGAUUCUACCGAAAGACCAGUUACAAAACGAACAAUUCUUUCAGACUUGGCACGAAUCUUUGACCCAAUUGGUUUUCUGACACCAUUCACUUUCCUGGCCAAACAUCUCAUCCAACACCUUUGGACUCUAGGUCUGCAGUGGGACGAUGUUCCUCCAUCGGAACUAACGGAUCGUUGGAAUCAAUGUAAAUCCGAGUUACAGGUUCUUUCCACUCUGCGAAUACCACGCAGAAUCUUCACUCAAUCAUUUACUAAAUGUGAAGCCCACGGAUUUGGGGACAGCAGCGAGAAGGGGUAUGCCGCUGUUGUUUACUUCCGAUUUAUCAAUCCAGAUGGUUCAAUAAAUAUUUCUUUGAUUGGCGCAAAGUCUCGGGUUUCACCAAUCAAACGCAUUUCUUUACCUAAGUUGGAGUUAUGUGCCGCUCUUCUCCUUUCAAAAUUACUUUCUUUCAUAAUAAAAUCAUAUGGACCCUCAUUGAAAGUGGAUGAAAUAUUCGCAUGGUCAGACUCCACCGUGGUUCUUCAUUGGAUCAAGUCAUCGCCCUAUCGCUGGAAGAGUUUCGUGAGCAAUCGUACCUCCCAAAUUCAGGAAUUAGUUCCUCCUGAUCGAUGGUAUUAUGUGAAGUCUCAAGAUAAUCCGGCAGAUUGUGCCUCUAGAGGCAUGUCUCCGUCUGGUUUACUCGACCAUUCCUUAUGGUGGGCGGGACCUCCUUGGCUUCAGUCCAAGGAUCCAAUAGGAAAACCUGGUGAUCCAAAAAUUGAAGAAAUGCUAACUGGAGAAGAACGGCAGGUUGUUUUAUCAACCUUCGCCUCAUCCGACGUAUUUGACGAUCUUAUAAUGAGAUAUUCCUCUUUCUUUAAACUUCAACAGGUUGUAAUUUAUCUAUUUCGUUUUUCCUUCAAUCUCAGAAGUCCUCACUCCAAACGAAUCGGUAGUAUCUUAUCCGUGGAAAGAAAACAAGCUCUCAAUUUUCUCAUCAAAUGUGUUCAGCAAAGAGUUUUUGGUGAGGAAAUUCAAAAUCUUCGAUUAAACCGUCCUAUUACCGUGAAAUAUCUUCAAAAACUCAAUCUCUUCAUUGGAGAUGAUGACAUUUUGAGAGUGGGUGGUCGAUUAACGUUUUCUGGCCUUCAGUAUGACCAUAAAUUUCCAGCAUUAUUGCCUAAUAAACAUUUGUUCACGGAUAUAUUCAUUCAACAUUUUCAUCGGUUGUACCUUCAUCCCGGUUCACAAACGUUACAGUUUCUUCUAUCCCAGCAAGUUUGGAUUUUGUCUGCAAGAAAGGCUAUUCGUAGAGUUACUUCCAAAUGUCUCGUUUGCUUCCGCUCCAAUCCCAAACCUCUACAGCCCUUGAUGGGCAAUCUUCCAUCGUACCGCGUCAAUCAAUUAAAGCCCUUUCAAUGUGUAGGAGUCGAUUUUGGCGGUCCUUUUCUUGUUACGAUGUCGAAAAGGUCGGGGCAUCAAAUCAACUAA